AUGCCAUCCGCACGCAAGAUCAUAGCCCGUGCGAAAAAAGAGGAAAAGCAGGAGAAGCCGAGGAAGACACGGGUCACGCGCGCUUCACAACGACCAGUAGUGCUGUCGGACAGUGACCAGGAAGGUAUUGUCGUAGCUAGCAAGCCAGUAGCUGAGACAACGAGCGACAAGGAGGACAGCGGCGAAGACAUGCCAACUACGCAAGGAAGGCUACCUCGUAAGCGGCGAGUAAGGAGGACAUCGAUUGACAGCUUUGUCAGCGACUCCCCUCCAGCGCCUUCAGAAAGCGAGGACGAUGUCGUGCAGGUAAGCACGUCUAGACGGAAGCGUAGACGACAGGACAGCGACGAGGAAGACUCGGCUCAUGGGACACCGAGUCGGCGACGAGUAAAGCGGCCGCGACAGCUCUCUCAGCGCGAGAAAGAGGACCUAGCCGAAGACCUGGCCGCUUUAGGGUCAAGUAGUGAAGCACCAUCUUCGCCACAGCCUCCGAGGAGUACGCAAUCUGCCGAGAAGCAGGCAAGACUCAAAGCAUUGGAGAAAUUAAAGAAGAAGCGUGGUCAACCUCUUGAGCAGGUUGUUGAGGAAGACGGAGAAGAGGAAGAUGAUAACAACAUACUGGACUCGGAUGCCGAAGAAGUCGCUGAAGACAGCGAGGUGGAGGAGGUGCCUGCUCCGAUGAGUAGUCGUCAUAUGUUUCGGCCUGACGAGGAUGACGAGGACUUCUUGGUUGAAGAAGGCGACGAUGACCCUCUCGGAAUCCCCGAGGGUUUGCCACUGCAGUUUACCCGCUACGCUUCUAUGCGCGGUAAAGAACUGUUCAAGUUUGCGAUUCUGUGGAUGGUUCAGAAGAAAAUCAAUCCAGGCUUCGACAUGAGUGCUGAGAUCUUUGACCUGACAUUCAGAAAGCUGGACGAUGAGGUCCGUGGGUUAGCCGAGUCGAAGUUCAUGUCGUCGGCCUGGACGCCCGAGUUCUCAAUUGCGUUACAAGCUCGACCCGAAAUCGCAUAUCAACGGCCUGGUGGAACUCUCAGGGACGGAUGCGAUGCCUGCAAUCGAUCGGGGCACCCGGCAACAUACGAGAUACAAUUUCAUGGAAAGCCGUAUCACACAAGCACGCUCGAGGACGUCGACGAGAAAGACGACGACGAUGAUGAUGACGACGACGAUGACGAAGAAGAAUCUGACUCUGAGGCGGCUGCAGAGAAUUGGGACUAUGACUCCCAAGGACGCAAGGUGGUGCCUCAGAGCACCGUUUUCUACGUUGGCAAAAUGUGCACAGCCAAUGCGAAGACGGCACAUGCCCUGCGGCAUUGGAAGUUUCAGUUGUACGAAUUCGUAGUCAUCUGGCUGACUUCGACUGGAUACCUAAAGCCAGACAAGAUCGUGCAGCGCGACAAAAUGUCUACCAAGAAGAGGGGAAAACAAGCACACAAGAUCUUGAUGAAAAUGGAAGAGUCCGGCGAGAUCAGGUCCUUGUGGAAGACAUUUCGCGACUCUAUUGACGCCGCGAGAGAUUCAAAGCAAGGUCGUUAUGCUGUGGAAUCGCCGUGA